AUCGGAGGGUCCGGGGAAGGGUGGUCCACCGUCUGAUAGAUCCGAAUAUAAAACCAACCCUUCGGUACGGACACUACAGCAGUGCACUCUUCACUACACACGAUCACGCACAUUUCAUCCAGGGCAGCAAAACUUCACCGCCGAAACCGUCUCACUAUGCAUCCAAGCACCUCUUCUACGUCGUCUGCAACUACAGCAGCUGCAGCAGCUCCUGGCACGAAAUGUACUCCCAUCACUGCGGACGAAUCGAUCGUGAUCAGUGGCAUUGCGGGGAAGUAUCCGCGCUCGGACAGUGUGGAACAUUUUGCCGACAAUCUGUACAAUAAGGUGGAUCUGGUGGACGAUAAGGAAGAUCGCUGGCGACAUCUGUACGCGGGUAUUCCGAAGCGUCUCGGCAAGCUGAACAAGCUCGGCAAGUUCGAUGCGGAGUUCUUCGGCAGUGGCUUCCAGGAAACGCACACGAUGGAUCCGCAGCAGCGUUUGCUGCUUGAGCACUGCUACGAGGCGCUGCUCGAUGCGGGCCUUCAUCCGGACGAUAUACGCGGUACGCGCACGGGCGUGUUUGUCGGCGUGUCGAUUGCGGAGACGGAGAUCUACUGGACGUACAAGAAGACGAAGUCGCCGUACAACCGAUCCAUCCUGGGAUUUGUCCGAAGCAUGCUAGCGACGAAGAUUGCAUACGCUUUGGAUCUGAAGGGACCCUCGAUGGCGGUCGAUACGGCAUGCAGCAGCUCCAUGUACGCUCUCGAUUGGGCCUGCAAAGCCAUCCGUCAAGGGCAGUGUGAUGCCGCCAUUGUAGCCGGAACCAAUCUGACACUGCAUCCCUACAUUACGCUUCAGUUCGCACUGCUCGGCGUACUGGCAGCCGAUGGGUACUGUCGACCGUUCGAUAAGAAUGCGUCCGGAUAUUCCCGUUCGGAGGCCAACGCAGUGAUCUUACUCCAGAAAGCGAAGGAUGCAAAGCGUAUCUACGCUCACGUGGUCAAUACGAAAACCAACUGCGAUGGGUACAAGCUCGAGGGCAUCACUUUCCCUUCGAACAAGAUCCAGAAGCAGCUGCUCGAUGAGCUCUACUCCGAGGUGCCCUAUGACCCGAAAGACAUCAGCUACGUGGAAGCGCACAGCACCGGCACCGUAGUUGGUGAUCCGGAAGAGUGUGACGCUAUCGAGAAGGUGUUCUGUCCGGACCGAACCGAACCACUGCUGGUCGGUUCGGUCAAGUCGAACAUUGGCCAUUCGGAGGCGGCUGCCGGGAUCUGCUCCGUCACAAAGUGUGUCAUUGCGAUGCAGAACCGUAUCAUUCCGCCGAACAUUAACUACACCGAGCCCCGUACCGAUGUGCCCUCGCUGCUGAACGGAAAGCUGAAGGUGGUAGACCAAUGCACUCCGCUUGGAGGACCGCUGGUUGCGGUCAAUUCGUUCGGCUUCGGAGGAGCAAACGCUCAUGCACUGCUGCACAACUGCACGAAGCAAAAGAUCAACGGUGGCUACCCAAAGGAUGAGUUGCCCAGGCUGGUGGUUUGGAGCGGACGUACGAUCGAAGCGGUUGAUCAUUUUCUCGACAGUUUGAAGGGAAAAAGCUACGAUGCUGAGUUUUACGCACUGACGCAUAACAUUCAGCGCAGCGAAAUACCGAAAAUGACCACCAAAGGGUACGCCAUUUUCGGUGGCCGUCAGGACGGGACUGCUGAGCUGCUGUACAAAGCGGCAUCGAAUAAGAUCCCGAAGAAGUACAAGUUGCCUCCGGUAACGCUUGCAUUCGGACAGCUAGAAGGCAACUGGAAGGCAACCGUACAGGCAUUCAAUCAGUUCCCGGAGUUUGCCAACGGUAUUGCGGAAUGUCUGCAAGCCAUCAAAGACUGUGGAUUCGAUGCGUUCGAUCAGACGAUGCAAGCGAACGAUCCCAUCCAGCACAUCCUGUGGACGUUCAUGGCCCAGGUAGGAGUGUACCGCUUGUUGACUGCGUCUGGUGUAACGAUCGAUCAGUACGCUGGCUACGCUGUGGGACAGAUCACGUGCGCUUAUCUGGAUGGAGUACUCUCGCUGCACGACGCAUUACGUGUGGCUUACGCCCAUGGAUAUAUCAUUCGUGCGCAUCAUACUGAAAAGAGCGCCAAUUAUGGUAGCGGUGUUUCGUCCAACAAACAGCUUACCGUGAAACUGGCGACAGCGCUGAAGCCUCUGCGCCUGCAAGCCGCCACACCCAAGUGGUUCAAUCCAUGUCAGCUGAAAACGUUCGAAAUGUAUGAUCCGAAGGUGAUGACGACACUGUUCCAUACGCUAGGAGCGAAUGAAGCUAUCGUGUUGCAGCCGUUGAACGCGUCAAAAGAUGUCCUCAUGCACUUCCUUAAAUCCCUUGGCGAAGUGUUCCUUAAAGGUCAUCCAGUCAAUCUGCUGCCGGUCUACCCGGCGAUCCAGUUUCCUGUCUCGCAGGGCACAGGCAUGAUCUCGUCACUGCUCGAGUGGGACCAUUCGGCCGAUUGGCACGUCACCAACUUCCGCACGACUCGUAUGGUCGAUCAAAGCACCUCCGAGUACACGAUUUCCCUAUCCGAGCAGGACUACAUCAGCGGGCACUGCAUCGAUGGACGAAUCCUUAUACCGGCCACGGGAUAUCUGUUCUACGUGUGGGAUUCCUUCUCCGGCAGGAUGGGCAUCAUACCCGAGGAGAUGCCGGUCGAGUUUUCGGACAUCGAGUUUCUGCGUGCGACGACCCUGGUCGGAGAUCAGCAGGUGACGCUCACCGUGGAUCUGAACGAAGUGACCGGUAGCUUCGAGGUCAGCGAAGGAACGGCUCUCGUGGUGAAGGGACGCAUUCAGGCGCUUACUAACUACACGCCACCGGAGACUAAGCACAGGCAGAGCGAUGCUGUAAUGAUGCCUUCGAAAGAUUUCUACAAGGAGCUGCGACUGCGUGGCUACCACUAUGGUGGAUACUUCAAGUCUGUCAUGGAGUCGCGUGCCGAUGGAUCGUACGCCAAAAUCGAAUGGAAGUACAACUGGACCGCACUGCUCGAUUGUAUUCUGCAGGUGGCGAUCAUAGCCGUGGACUCACGAUCGCUUGUAAUACCUACACGCAUUGAGUCGAUCAAAAUUGAUCCCAUUCAGCAUAAGCUAACGGAUCAAGCAACGGGCAAUGAGGUCCCCAGCUACAAUGUGUGUUUCGAUCCCGACCUUAACCUGCUGCAGUGUGGAGCGAUAGAGAUUCGUGGCCUUAAUGCCAGUACCAUUGCUCGACGCCUGCCACCCGGUGUUCCUGUGCUUGAGAGCUACAAGUUCCAUCCCUACUAUCCGCAGCACACGAUGGCACCAUCGUCGGCUGUUUCCACGAUUGUACAGACAAUUCUCGAGAACCAGGCCACAAUCUUCUUCACUGUUACGGAGAUUCACUCCAAAACUAGGGAUCCGAUCAUUUCCCUCUUUGGAGAUGCUAUCGGUGACCUGCCGUUGGUGAAGGCACACCUUACACUGCUCUCCACUGCAAAGCCUGAGCCUAUUCCUAAUGUCACGAUCUCCGAGGAUAAGCUCAUGAAGCAAAGAAAUGUGCUCCUGCUCAUCUGUGAGAACCUCUUCGCUGAUGAUGAGUUCAUCUCUGACGCUAUCAACUGUCUUUCCGAUCAAGGCUUCAUACUGCUGCGCGAGUCUCCAGAAUACCGCCUUCAAGACGGCCAUCGACGACUUCAACUUGUGAGUACAAUGUCGAUCGAAGGUGAGACUUUCCUGCUGCUGCAGCAAAAGAAGUCCGCCAUGAACACUUCCGUCGAUGCACACGUCAUCAAGGUAUGCUCCAAUGAUACCACACACAAUUGGCUGCUGGAGUUGAAACAGGAAGUCAAGACCAAGCCAGUUAUUCUCUAUGCUCAGAAUGAUCCUUCCUCGGGCAUCAUUGGACUGGUGAACUGCAUUCGAAAAGAGCCCAACAUUCAAACCGUUUCCUGUUUCUUCAUUGAUGAUCCCAGCGCUCCUGCGUUCGAUGCAUCCAAACCGUUCUACAAAGAACAGAUUGAGCUUGGACUUGCGAUCAACGUUUAUCGCGAAGGCCAAUGGGGAUCCUAUCGUCAUUUCAAGCUGCAAGAAGAGCCUCGUUACGAGCCCGCUACCAAACAUUGUUUCGCCAAUUGUGUCAAGCCUGGUGAUCUUUCUUCAUUCACAUGGAUGGUUGGUCCACUGAGCGAACAGCCGCCCUCCAGUCCGCUGGCCAGAGUUGUCUACAGCUCACUGAACUUCAAAGACGUUAUGAUUGCUACCGGCAGGCUUACGGUUGAAACAUUCUGCACUGAUCGACUGCAACAAGAGUGCAUUCUUGGGUUUGAGUAUUCUGGAGUCACCACCACCGGUAAGCGGGUCAUGGGAAUUAUUGGAGCCGGAUCAAUGGCCACGAUCGUCGAAAGCGAUCCCAUCUUUACCUUGGACGUUCCCGAUAACAUCUCGUUGGAGCAAGCGGCCACUAUUCCUACGGUGUACACUACUGUGUACGCCUCAUUCUUCGUUUGUGCACAAAUUCGCAAAGGAAACUCUAUUCUCAUACACGCUGGUACGGGAGGUGUUGGUUUGGCCGCCAUCCGUGUUUGUCUAGCUUACGGACUGGAGGUCUUCACUACCGUCAGUACCAAGGAGAAGCGUGACUUCCUGCUGAGCUACUUCCCCGACCUUAACCCCAACAAUAUCGGAAACUCCAGAGACAUCUCCUUUGAAACGCUCAUCAAAGAGCGUACCAAUGGACGCGGUGUCGACUUUGUCCUCAACUCUUUGUCCGAGGAAAAGCUGCAAGCUUCUAUCCGUUGUCUGGCCAGAGGAGGACACUUCCUCGAGAUUGGAAAGUAUGACAUGAUGAAGGACUCCAAGAUAGCAAUGACGUUCUUCCAGAGAGGAAUCACUUUCACCGCUGUGCUGGUUGAUCUACUGUUCCAAGAAAAACGCGAUCUCUUGUUGGAAUUACACAAGCUCAUCAUGAAGGAUCUGGGGAAGGGUAUCAUACAACCGCUACCUACUACCGUCUUCCAGGCUCAUGAGAUCGAGCAAGCAUUCCGUUAUCUUGCGACGGCCAAGCAUAUUGGAAAGGUUGUCCUGAAGAUUCGGGAUAACGAAGAUGAUCUUGCAUCUGUUCCGAUAUCUUACCUCCCGCGAGUCUAUUGUAAUCCCGAGCAAAGCUUCGUCAUUGCUGGUGGUCUUGGUGGGUUCGGACUUGAGCUAGCCGAUUGGCUUAUCAUUCGAGGCUGUCGUAAGCUUCUUCUUAGCUCCAGUAGAGGAAUUACCAAACCCUACCAGCAGUACCGUAUCAACACAUGGCGUACGUAUGGAGUUCAAGUGACCAUCUCCACUGAGGACAUUUCUACCUACGACGGCUGUCGUCGUCUUCUUCAACAAGCUAUCCAAAUGGGACCCAUCGCUGGUAUCUUCAAUCUGGCCGUACAACUACGGGAUGCCAUCAUCGAAAACCAGUCCGUGGAUAAGUUUGCCGAGUGUUUGGCCCCUAAAGCCAUCGCUACACAUCAUCUCGACGCUCUCAGCCGUGAGCUCUGCCCUAUGCUGAAGCAUUUCGUCGUCUUCUCCAGCGUCUCGUGUGGUCGUGGAAAUGCUGGCCAAUCCAACUACGGCAUGGCCAACUCCAUCAUGGAGCGAAUCAUUGAGCAUCGAGUCGCUCAUGGGCUGCCCGGAAAGGCCAUCCAGUGGGGAGCCAUCGGUGAGGUCGGUAUCGUGGCUGACAUGCAGGAAGACAAGAUCGACAUGGAGAUCGGUGGAACGCUGCAGCAGCGCCUAUCCUCCUGCAUUCAGGUGCUGGAUCAGCUGCUGACUACCUCCGAGCCCAUUGUGGCCAGCAUGGUCGUGGCUGAGAAGCGUAGCUCUAGCGGUGGUGCUAAAAACAUCGUCGAGGCCGUCAUGAACAUCAUGAACAUUCGCGACAUGAAGUCGGUCUCGGUUGAGAGCACGCUUGCUGACAUCGGUAUGGACUCGCUGAUGGCCGUCGAAAUCAGACAAGUUCUUGAGCGUGAUUUCGACAUCAUCUUGACGCCUCAGGAUCUCCGCACACUCACCUUCUCCAAGCUGCAGAAGCUGGCCGAUGCAAAGACCGAGAGCGAGACUGCUGAGGCCACUACUCAACAGCUGCAGCUUCAAGACCUGCUAGCCAGCUUCGGUGAUGAGACCGCCAGUCAUCACACUGUCUUGCGAUUGCCCUCCAAGUGUAACGAUCUCGAGUACGAUCGUCCAGUGCUGAUCAUACCGGGUAUUGAAAGCGUUUCCAGUCCAGCCUGGACGAAGAUCGCCUCCGAGAUCAAUGCUCCCACCUUCGUGCUGCAGACCUUUGCCAAGGGAUCCGACGAACAGACUAUUCCCGGUAUUGUCGACAGCGUAUUCGACGAGAUGUUUGAGACGGUAUUUGCCAAGGCGGAACAGUUCUUGGUCAUUGGAUAUUCAUUCGGCGCACUGUUGGCGCUCGAGGUCGUGAAGCGUCUGGAGGCACGAUCACUUCGCGGAAAGCUGAUGCUCAUCGAUGGCUCACCGCUUUACCUUCAGCGCUUCGCUAGCCAUCAUUUAUCGGGCUUUGACGAUGAACACCUGCAAAUGGCCAUCCUCACGCUGGUGCUUCGCUUUUCAUUGCCUUCUGUGUCGAACGAAAUUCUAAGCAGCAUUAUGGGUGAAGCCACGUACGAGAAUCGUGUCACCAAAAUGCUGGACAUCGGCCGAGAAUCGAACCCGUUCUCGGAAGAAUACACGCGCAAGAUGAUGCGAGUGCUGUUGUUCCGACUGAAAGCGGCCAUGAACAUGAGCACGGAGGUGAAGGAGAAACUAGCAUCUCCCCUGGUGCUCGUACGCUCCGGAACAAUUGGUGACAUCGAGGAAGACUACGGGCUGACCGAGUUUACCAGCUCGUCUAUGAUUGUGAAGAUCAUCGACGGUACGCAUCAGACCAUGCUCGCAAACAUGGAGCUGCUUGAAAUUAUCAAUAAGGACACUCUGUGAGAACGAUCAUAUUUUUAAAAACACCUAUUUAUCAACUUCUACUAGUGAGUGAAUAAAGUGAAGCAUUAAAAAUGGCACAACACUUGGUUUAAA